AUGGGCUCUACGGCAAAUGCGCUGCGGGUGCUGGUCGCGGGAGGUGGCAUUGGGGGGCUCUCCGCGGCCAUCGCCCUUCGCCUGCAGGGGCACGAUGUCGAGGUAUUUGAAAAGUCCAGAUUACAUCGGGGACAAGUUGGCGCCGCCGUCUAUGUGGCUCCCAAUUGCACGGCUGCCUUGUCCCAUUUGGACAUCGACGAAAAGGAUUUCAAAGGAACCGACUACCGUGGGUUCAAAUUCGUGGAUACCAACUGUGAGGUUGAGCAAAGAUGGACGUACACAGACGAACAGAGAGCACAGUGGCCUGCCGGCUGGUGGCUGGUCAACCGGCCGGACCUUCAUACCGCCCUGAAGGAGAAAGCAGCCUCUCCCGACGGCCCGGGAAUUCCAGUGCGGAUCCACACAGGCAUAGGGGUGGAGAGCGUCGACUGCGAGGCGGCCACGAUCCUGCUCUCCGACGGCACACGCGUGGGUGGUGACGUGGUCGUCUGCGCAGAUGGAGUCCACAGCAGGACCCGGGCCUCCGUCGCGGGCCACGAGGUGCCCAUGAUAACAGCCGGGCAUGCUUGUUACCGGUGGCUCACGCCGGCUUCCCGGCUUGCCGAUGACCCCGUGACAAAGACGUUCCUGGACCGGCCGGGCCACUUCGUGCAGAUCACUGGCUCGGAUCGGAGGAUAGUGCUUUACCUGCUCGGGAGGGGAGCUGGUCAACUGCGUCGCUUUUGCGCCGAGGGAGGAGACGUGACCGGUUAUGACCAGCGUGCGAACAAGACGCAGCUGAUUGGGCAUUUCAAUUCAUGGUCUGAACCCGUUCUGCGCCUCCUCGACACGGCUCCGGACGAUGGUGUCAUGCUGUGGGACCUGUUGGACAUGGAGCUGCUGCCAAACCUGAUCAAGGGGAAGGCCCUCCUCAUCGGAGACGCAGCCCACCCCUUCCUCCCGCACAUGGGGCAGGGCGCAGCCCAAGCCAUCGAAGAUGCGUGUGCCCUCGGCGCGAUAAUGCCCCUGGGCACCGCCCCGGAGAAAGUCGCAUCGCGCCUGGUGCUCUGGCAGCAGUGCAGGAAGGACAGGGCUGCUAAGAUCGUGCUGCACACGAGGCACAGGUCGCGCAAGGCAGACGGGAGCCAGGGGCCGCCCCAGACAAUCGACGAAUUCAACUCGGCCAUGGCGUAUUGUAUCCACCACGAUGCCUGGAAACAUGCUGAGGAGCAGCUGAAUGAGUGGAGUGAGGCCAAGACGCUGGCGACGGCGGCAUCGUAG